CUAUAAUGGCAGAUGUUCCUAUCUCAACACCGUGCAGAAAAUGCUCCAGUCUUUCGUGGUCGUUACACAAUGAGAUAAGCGUCAAGGAAUUAAGGGUUUUGCAGAAAUUAUAUACAAAUGCGCUUCAGUCUAUGAAAGCGUCGAAGACGGCCAAUGAAUGGGUCGCGACAUGGUCAGUGAUUGCGAGUGUCCGGCUCUUGGAGAUAGCUGCUAUUUAGUCUUCGCCAAAAGGCUAUAGGCAUAUUGGCGUUACUAAUUAAAUUCUCCCACAGUGCUACUAAAAAAAAUGCGAUAGUUUCCAUCUAAUUGCUAAUCCUCUUUGCAUUCAACAACAACUGACAAAGAACUCAAAAUGACUGGUGUUACGUCUUUACCAGCUGAUGAAGGGGGUGAUGUUUCAGUAAAUCCAGUCCAAAAACAAUUACGUAAGGCACGUCAAUGGUUCGCACAUAAUUUGGGCGUAGGAGGAGUUAGAAGCGAAGCCGAACCUCUCUUGCCACUCGAAGAAAGAGCUUUGGCUGACAAGAACAGGAAACAAAGAAUUGGCAAACUAGCUGCUGCCAGUACCGUCAUUUUGGCAUUGUUUGCUUUAGGCGCUGGGAUUGGCAUUUGGCAUUAUUGUUCCGAGCACAAACAUGAUCCUAUUGAUAAUGUACCUGAAUCUCCGUCUCCUGCAUUCCCCUCUCUCACUGACCAAGAAAAGUUCGCUUUAAAUUUCCCGUCCAAUGACAGUAUUCGAGAUUAUCUAAAGAUCUACACUUCAGAAAGUCACUUAGCAGGCACUGCUAAUGACAAAAAGCAAGCAUUGUGGACACGCGAUCAAUUCGAAAGCUUUGGUUUGAAAACGCAAAUAGAAACCUACUGGCCAUUAUUGAAUUAUCCUAUCUCACGUCGACUCGCACUUGUGUCCGGACCUAAACACUUACAAUUUGAGGCCAAGCUAACUGAAGAUCCCGUGGACGACGAUGAAACCAGCAAAAACCCAAAUGAGGUCCCUCUUUUCCAUGGUUAUUCUAAAAAUGGGACAGUGAAGGGUCGCGUCGUUUACGCUAACUACGGACGAGUAGAAGACUUUCAAUACUUGAAGGACCAAGGCAUUGAACUAAAGGGAACCAUUGCUUUAGUACGGUACGGUGGCGCUUUUCGAGGGCUCAAGGUGAGAGCAGCCGAGUUAUUCGGAUGUGCCGGAGCUCUUAUUUACUCUGACCCGAUAGAUGAUGGGCCCUUGAAUAAAGACAACUCUUCCAACCCAGCUAAAUCUUAUCCUGAUGGCCCUUGGCGAUCCAAGAGUUCUGCUCAGAGAGGCUCGGUGCAAUAUUUCUCUUUGAUUGCCGGCGAUCCAUUGACACCCGGUUACCCUGCCACAGAAAAUGCUACCAGAAUUAGGCCUGAGGAUUCCAAGGGUUUAGCUAAAAUUCCUUCCCUACCUUUGUCCUGGGAAGAUGCUUUGCCGCUUUUGAAAGCCACACAAGGUUUAGGUGUCCGCGGAAAGAAAGAAGAAUGGGUUGGUGGUUUGACUGAAGUUGAUUAUUAUAGCGGACCUACUGAAGGUGAAGCGAUCUUAGUCAAUCAUAUUGAGAACAAGAUUACGCCCAUUUGGAAUGUGAUUGCUUGUAUUGAAGGUAAAGAGGAACCUGAAAAAGCAAUCGUAUUGGGUAAUCAUCGUGACGCAUGGAGUUACGGUGCUGUCGAUCCUUCCUCUGGCUCUGCUGCUUUCUUGGAGCUUGCAAAGAUGUUUGGUAAAUUGCUUGACACUGGCUGGCAACCUAGAAGGACUAUCAUCCUCGCUUCUUGGGAUGCUGAAGAAUAUGGACUGGUUGGAUCCACUGAAUGGGUGGAAGACCAUAAGGAAAGGCUCGGUAAGGAAGGCGUUGUAUACAUCAAUGUGGACACAGGCGUAUCAGGCUCUCACUUUCGCGCUCAAGCCUCGCCUAGCCUUAACCAACUUUUAUACUUUGUAACAGCCCAUAUUGAAGAUCCACGUACAGGAAAAUCUGUUUUUGAUGCUUGGAAAUUGGAUAAUAAGGUCUCCAACGGCGGAAACCCACCUGUUUAUUUAUUGGGCUCUGGCUCUGACUUUGUGCCUUUCUUGGAUCAUAUUGGAAUAGCCAGUAUUAACUUAGCCUUCGUAGGUGAUUAUGGUGUUUAUCACAGCAAUUAUGACAGUUUCCGUUGGAUGGAGAAAUUCGGUGACCCGCAAUUCCUCUAUCACGAAGCACUCGUCAAACUCUGGGGUCUCUUGACUCUUCAGCUUGCGGAUCCACCCCUUCUUCCUCUCUACCCCAAAGAUUAUGCUACAGAACUGCAAAAGUACACUGAUAGUUUAACGGCAUCUGCUGCCCCUCAUUCCUUCCCGCAAUUGCAGAACGCGAUUAAGAUGCUGGAAAAAGCCACAAGAAGAUUUGAACGUCGGAGACAACGCCUUCAGGACAGACUCUCGGAAUACGCUUCUCUGGAGGACAUUCCUGAAGUUUUAUUAAAGCGCUUAGAAAAAGUCAAUAACUGUUUAACUUAUUUUGAGCGAAGCUUUAUUGAUGCAGCUGGGAUUAAAGGCCGAGAAUGGUUCAAACACGUUGUUUACGCACCGGGCCUUUGGACAGGCUAUCAAUCUCAAAUAUUCCCUGCUAUCUAUGAUAGUAUCAAUGAUAAUGACUUUGAAGAAGCUUUACUUGCUGAAACGAGAGCUGCUGAAGCUAUACAAAAUGCUAGUGAACGAUUAAAAGCUGCUUAG